GAGAUGGUCGCAGUUAGAUUCUUGGUUUCGAGCCAGCUGUGCAUUGUGGCGUUCUACGUUGCUUAUGCGCAACGAAUAGCUGAACAAAAAUGUCAAGAGUACCGUAGUCUAACGGUAUCCCGGGUAGGGAUCAUCUCGCUGAUCGCCAGACCCAAGGCGAUCGUUCACGAAGAGUUCAACUGUACCAACACGGUUGAGGUGAUCGCUGGCGGUGAGGAAGCCCAGGAAGGAGAAUUUCCGCAUCAUGCAUUGCUCGGUUGGGAAUCGAUCGAUUACAUCAGCACGGACUACACUUUUCUGUGUGGAGCUGUUCUGAUCAGCGAGUGGUAUGUGGUGACUGCUGGUCACUGUAUUGUGGACGGCGAACGGGGUACGCCGGUGGUGGUGCGUUUGGGAGAGUACGAUUUGCAUAACGAUUUCGAUCAUCACGUGGACUUCGAUGUGCUGCAGGCCGUUAGACAUCCGAACUACAAGUUUAGCAGCGUGUACAAUGAUAUAGCGUUGGUAAAGGUCAAGCAACGGAUUCGAUUCUCGCCGUACAUCCGACCAGCUUGUUUGUGGACAUCCGAUGCUUUCAAUUUCACAUCCGUGAUUGCUACUGGAUUCGGUCAGCUGGGAUUCCUUACAGAACAAGCAACCAGGUUAAACAAAGUCAAACUGGAACUGUACGAUGCCUCCGAGUGUGAUCGUGCAUUCGAGAGAAACCGGAAGUUCAAACAUGGAAUCAUCGAUUCGCAGAUCUGUGCCGGAAGUGAAGAGGAAAAGGACACUUGCAAGGGGGACUCCGGAGGACCACUGCAGGUCAUGAUGGAAGACAAGGGUUGCACUUAUUACGUAGUGGGACUCACGUCUCGUGGCCAGGACGCCUGUGGAUUGAUGAAAUCUGUUGCGCUCUACACAAGGAUAUCAUCGUUCGUGAAGUGGAUCGAGUAUGUCGUUUGGGAUGGUGAUUUGGAUUCUUGGUAAAUAAACUUGUAAUACUUCUUAGUGGAAUUUGUUUUUCUUCUGAUUAUACCAUCGCAUAAUCAUCAAGCGU